UCUUACUUAGUUAACUCGGCAGUAAGAGACGCGCCACGGAGCGCAGCGCAUGCGCCACCUAACGGCGCCAAAACGUCACAUUUGUAAAUAACUUUUAAAUGUUUUGUUUAAAAUCGAUUUGUGAUAUUCGAUUAGUGCCAAAGUAAAAAUAAUCAUAUUAAAGUUAUCGUUAAGUUAUUAGUUGUGUUGUGGAAGGACCGGACGCCAUUCAUCUUGUUUAUGUAUAAUUCGGUCUACAAUUAAAUCAACAAAUAUCAUUAAUGGAUCCAAAUGUAGAAAAAAGUGUAAACUGGGGAGAUAUGGAAACUACAGCCGACCCUAAUGUAUCCAUAUCAACAAUGAAUGAGGACGUACCAACGCUGACCCUGGCCACCAUAUUGGGCGUCACCGUGGUCAUAAUCAUCGCUAUAGCCGUCGUCUUCGUCUUGGGAGUACUCAUUGACUGUAGACAACAGAGGAUAUUGGAUAAGAAGAUCGGUGAGGUGAGAAGGAGGAAGAAUCUCCGGAGAGCGAAGUCACAUCCACAAGCAGAUGUAGUCAGUAUAGUUAAUGAUAUGGAGGGUCCCGGUCUUAGCGCACCGCCCUUGGAAGCCUUGCGUAAUAUACCGUAAUACCCAAAUGUUAAUGUACCAAAAUUAUUUGUUAAUCUGAAUAUCUAUAUGAAAUGUUGUAGUUUUGUAAGAUCUGUUUGUUUAGUUAGCAAAUUAUAUAAUUAUGCAAAUUUAGAACGAUAUAAUAUGGAAUUAUGAAAGGGCUUGUUGAUUAUUAUUGAAAAUAAGCAUUAUUGACGUUAUGAAUAAUUAUUAUAAUAAACGUAUAAGUAAAUGACUAUUUUAAUAAACGUAUAAUCGUUGAAAAGUACUUAAUUAUUACACUUAGUAGCAACGUAAUUGUGUAAGGUGAUAAUGUUCAAGUAAAUAGACUGCUUUAGGCCUAUCUAUAGUUUUGCAUGUUACUCGUAUAAAAGUAUUACAGUUUACAAAUGUAAAGAAUCAAUGUUUUAUAAUAUUUAAAAUUAAAUAUUUUUAUUGUUUACAAUUAUUUCUCUCAUCAUUUCUUGCAUUUUAAAUUACGUUUAAAAAAUAAAUAAAAAAAUUGAAAAAUUGAAUAAGACGAAUUGAGUACCUCUUUCUUUUGGAAAGUCGGUCAAUAAACAUGAUAUGUUUCCUACUUACAAAUAAACAAGACAAUGUAAAUAAAAAAGUUUAAAAAUAAUGUACAUUUAUCUACGUUUUUUAAAUCAAAGAAUGUUAGUAACACAGAAAAGGCGAGCAAAUAUUUUAUUUAAACUGUUAUAAACUACGAUACAAACAGUGGAUUUGAAAGGCUGUCAGCAAUCGAGAAGUAAUUUGGAGGUUGCACAAACCGUCAGUUGGUGAACGGCGUAAAUAACUCUUAUUUCCUAAUUUUUUACCUAGUUGUUUACAAUAAUACUAUUGUACAAAAGUACUCUUGGACAAAAGAAUAUUACAAAAUGAUUAAGGGAAAUUUAUGGAAAUAAUGUUUCAUGUAUCAAUGGAUGACUAUUGAAUAGCAAACUAUUGUAUAAGUUUGAA